AUGGGGGAUUUCAAUUUAGCGCUGCUGAUUGUGGCGAUUGUCGUCGUCGUUUUGGUCUUCAUCGUCAAUUUGUACCUGUUAAUCAAUUAUCAGCAUCCGGAUGAUGCCAACCAGGCUUAUUUCCCCAAAUUCGUCGUCGUUUUGGGUCUCUCCAUCGCCGCAAUCUCCAUCCUUAUGCUCCCGGCGGAUGUGGCGAACCGGACGGCCUGCCGGAACUCAAUUUAUAAUGGCGCGUGUAAGCUGACGCUACCUAUGAAGGAUCUCUGGCUUGCCGUCUACAUUGCCGAUGCAGUUCUCGUGUUUUUCAUCAUUCCUUUUGCCAUGUUUUAUUACGAAGGCGACCAGGACAAGAGCGUUGGGAAAAGGAUUAAAAGUGCAUUGUUGUGGGUAAUUACCACCGCAAUUGUUUGUGCUUUGGUGCUUGGAAUUUUAUACGGGCUUGUUGGAAAGGUUGACUUCACUGUCAGGCACCUCUCGUCUAGUACUGCUUCAUUCUCAGGCUCAUGGCAGCAAUUUUCUAGUGGUCAACCAUGUGUAGGACCUAAUAAUCCGCCGCAUCAGUGUUCUGCAUAUUCUGCUAGUCCUUCAUCUGAGACUACAUGGACUAUGCGUGCCACCUUCCCAGAGUAUGUCGUUGCUCUAGCAACAAUAGCUGGAUCUGUGCUUUUCACGAUUUUUGGCGGGGUUGGCAUUGCCUGCCUUCCACUAGGACUCAUUUUCUCAUUUAUCAGACGUCCAAAGGCUGUUAUAACGCGCUCACAGUAUAUCAAGGAAGCAACUGAACUAGGAAAGAAGGCCAGAGAAUUGAAGAAGGCUGCUGAUGCACUUCAUCAGGAAGAAAGGAGUGGUGGUAAGGGAAGAAAAUGGCGUAAAAAUGUCAAGGCAGUAGAAAAGGAAUUACUGCUUCUGGAAGAGGAUGUGAAGGCUCUAGAGGAGAUGUACCCUCAAGGUGAAAAGGCCGAGGCUGCUUGGGCCAUGACUGUGCUUGGUUACUUGGCUAAAUUGGUCUUAGGAGUUAUAGGGUUGCUUGUUUCAAUUGCCUGGGUUGCACAUAUUGUCAUUUAUCUGUUGAUUGAUCCUCCACUUUCUCCAUUUUUGAAUGAAGUUUUCAUCAAAUUGGAUGACGUUUGGGGUCUUUUGGGUACUGCAGCAUUUGCUUUCUUCUGCUUCUAUCUCUUACUUGCUGUUAUUGCUGGGGCCACGAUGGUUGGCAUGAGAUUGGUUUUCAUUGCAAUUCAUCCAAUGAAGUGGGGAGCUACUCUCAUGAACUCUUUCCUUUUCAAUGUUGGUCUCAUCCUCCUUUGCUCCAUCAGUGUGAUUCAAUUUUGUUCCACUGCAUUUGCAUACUACGCUCAAGCUACAGCAGCUCAAGAAAUAUUUGGUCACACUUUGCAGUCGCUUCGGGGAAUCAAAUACUUAUACAAGUACAAUGUGUUUCAAAUCGCAUUCAUUGUUCUAGCUGGGUUGACAUUUGUGUACUAUGCUGCUUUUGUAAGUUUUUUCUGCUCCUGGAAUGCUUUUGUGUGGAUCUUGCUGUGCCUUGAAAAACUAAUUUGGAUGCUCAUGUAUUGUACAGGGUUGGAGAAGAAGGAAACCCAGCGGCAGAUUCCAGCUGUCCUCUUAGUACGUAUGUUGUCCUGGACAGCAUAA